AUGAGAGGCUCCCAAUCUCGAAUAUCCCAUCAAGCAAUAAUCAUUCUAGCCUUACCUUUCGUUUUGUUUAACUUCCUCGACUUCUCUAUCUUAUCACGAACAAGAAGAAUGGAUCAAGACGGAUUAAUCAGUCCGCCAGUGGUUUCAAGUCCGGAGGACCAUCUGUCUCCAAGCUUUCUUUCAAAGCCGGUGAAAAGAUCUCGAGUAUCGCUUGCUUGUCAAAGAUGCAAACAAAGAAAACAAAAGUGCAACGGCAAUCAACCUUCUUGCUCAAGAUGUUCCCGGCUAAAUUUCGAAUGUCACUAUGUGAUACCCAGCUAUCCAAAGCCCAGUCAAGCAAAAGUGUAUAUCAAAGCCCUGGAAGAUCGAGUGGCCGAGCUCGAGACGAUUUUGACGAAGGGAGGGGAUCGUACGGUGUCUCACGACCAUUUGUUGGAAGACUUGAAUGGCAGCGAAGAAGGAGAGAUUCAACCUUUGCUGAACGCCAUUCGAGAUCUCUCACUUGAUAUUGCGGGAUCUUAUGUUGGCGGCGCUUCGACUAUGACUUUAGGGAGAGCUCUAGAAUCUGCUCUUGCCGGGAAAACAGAUCUUUUGUUUCAGCAUGAGAGCUUGAGGAGAGAUAGCACUGUUCGCACCGAGUCUGUGGCAAGUGACACAAACUCUUUACAAGACAUGAGCACAUUUCAACUUUCCCAAAUAAACCGGGAUGCUGCGGAAAGAAUGGUUAAUGCAUAUCUUGGGCAUCUCUACACGAACUUCCCAAUCAUGUACUCUUUCGAGGUUCUGGACUUGCACAAACGACGAUGUAGCCUGAGAAACGUGUACGAGGAGAGCAUUCUAAAUUUGAUAUACGGACUUGGAGGGCAUUUUUUGGAGAAAACAGGAGACUUGAGCAAGGCGUAUCAUCCCGAAAGACACUAUGAAAUUGCGCUGAACAAUCGAGAAACGAUCCUACGAUAUGGUGAUAGCAGGUCCCUCACUUACCUGUUGCUAUUGGGACAACAUUGCUUGAGGAUGCCUAAGGAACCGGGAGCUUGGACGUUUACAGGUUUGGCGAUGAGAAUGUGUAUUGAACUUGGACUGCAUCGACGACGGAGGUCGGCGGGACCUUCUUUGAAGGCGGAAUUGAAUAAGAGACUCUUUUGGUCCUGUUAUUGGUGGGACCGUGAAAUCGCUAUUGCAAUGGGCCGACCACCUUCAAUUUCAGACCACGAUAUUGAUAUCGAUCUUCCUCUAGAUGUCGACGAAGCAAAUCGAGACUUGAAUGUCUUGAAAGCGGCUGCAGAAGUGGAUCGAUCAGUCCCAGCAUUUCCUCAAACUACAAUGUCAUGCUAUAUCCACUUGCUUAGACUUAAAGUCAUUGACUCCGAGAUUCAGCAUAAGAUAUACCGUGUCGACCGUGUCAAGUCUCCCGAAACAAUCUAUAAGACAACAGACCUGAUUUUAGAGAAGCUAUAUGCGUGGAAAGCUGCAAUUCCGCCAGAAAGCACUCAUUGGGACCCAAGCGAUCGGCAGAGUUUUCGUGGCGACGAGUAUCGGAGUUAUGAUUCACAUAUGGCAUCGUAUCACAAAACUAUCAGGGUUUUGCUUCAGCCUAGACUGUACGAAGAGAAGAUUAAUAAGAGAUAUCUUGCACUCUGUGCGGAAGCAUGCAGAGCAGUCUGUGAGACCUAUAAGCGCUUGCAUUACCGGAUCCCACUGAUCUUCACGUCGGUUUCCUUGCAGACCGUAUUCUUAGCAGGCCUUACACUAGUCUAUUGCAUGUGGCAGGACACUUCGAAUAGUAACGGGUUCAAAAGCAUAAGUGCUCUGACUGAUUGCAGCAUUAUUCUUUGCGUCAUGACCGAAAAAUGGUCUGGUGGAAAGAAGUAUCGAGAUCUAUUCGAGGUGGUCAAGAAGUCAGUCCUUGACGCAAUAGCUGAAGGAAAGCACAUCCCACGAGCUGCGGUGACCUCGAUGAAGGAUGACAUGCAAGACACAUUGCACGGUAUACAGAGUGACGCUGUUAUGAAGAACAUCCCAGACGAUUUGGAACAGAUGAUCAGUGAUAUGGCUGGGCAGCCAAUGUUCUGGGAUGAUGUUGAUAUGGGAUUCGAAAUGGGAAUGGACACAGCUAGCUUCUUGGUAACAGGCGACGGUGACAGUUGGGACGAUUCAGGUCAUGGGAAUUGGAUGAAUAGUGGAUUGGAAGAGUUUGAUCAAGCAGUAUCCUAG